GUGCCCUCGGGAACGCGUCAGCCGCUGCCGCCGCCGCCCUCAGUCCCGCCGCCGCGGGGUCUCUCCCUCCCUCCGGCCGCCCGGUCCCCGCGGGAUGAGGGCAUCGUAGCGGCGCGGCCGCCUCCGCCAUGAAGCGGAAGAGCUGGGCCGAGGCGCGGCGCCGCGCGGCCCCGGCGCCACCCGAGCUGAAGAGGACGCGGAGCUCGGCGCCGCGGGUGGCGGGGGGCUAUGCGGAGCGGCGGCGGGAGCUGCCCCCCGCCUGGCCGGAGACCUGCCUGAGGAUUUCGGAUCGCCUUUAUUUUGCAAUUCUCUGCCAAAAACCAAAGAAUGGAGCUGAAAAUACCCAUUAUUUCUGCAUAGAUGAUGAACUUGUGUAUGAGAACUUCUAUUCAGACUUUGGACCACUCAAUCUGGCAAUGGUCUACAGAUAUUGCUGCAAGCUAAAUAAGAAAUUAAAGUCAUUAUCAUUGAUAAGGAAGAAAAUAAUUCAUUAUACUGGCUUUGAUCAGAAAAAGCAAGCAAACGCUGCAUUCCUCAUAGGCUCCUACGCAAUAAUAUACCUGAGGGAAUCUGCAGAAGAUGUGUACAGGCUUAUAUUGUCAGGAAGUGUUUCAUAUCUUCCUUUCAGGGAUGCUUCCUGUGGUACUUGCAGUUUUCAUCUGACAUUACUGGACUGUUUUCAUGCAAUACACAAGGCUUUGCAGUAUGGUUUCCUGGAUUUUARUACGUUUGAUGUAAAUGAAUAUGAGCAUUAUGAAAGAGCAGAAAAUGGAGAUUUUAACUGGAUAAUACCAAACAAAUUCAUUGCCUUCAGUGGACCUCAUUCAAGAAGUAAAAUUGAAAAUGGGUAUCCCCACCAUGCUCCAGAGGCUUAUUUCCAAUACUUCAGGCAACAUAAAGUCACCACUAUAAUACGCCUCAACAAAAAACUGUAUGAUGCCAAACGAUUUACAAAGGCUGGAUUUAAGCAUUUUGAUCUCUUCUUUGCUGAUGGAAGCACACCUAAUAAUACUAUAGUUAAAAACUUUCUAAAUAUUUGUGAAAAUGCUGAAGGUGUAAUAGCUGUUCAUUGCAAAGCUGGUCUUGGACGAACUGGCACACUUAUUGCCUGUUACAUCAUGAAGCAUUAUCGGAUGACAGCUGCUGAAACUAUUGCCUGGAUCAGAAUAAAUAGACCUGGUUCUGUGAUUGGGCCACAACAGCAUUUCCUGGUGGACAAACAGGCAGAACUUUGGAAAGAAGGGGAUAUUUUCCGGGCAAAGUUGAAACGAAACCAUAAAAUUGCUGUAACAAGAAUUCUGUCAGGAGUAGAUGAUAUUUCAAUUAAUAACACAAGAAACAGGAGAAGCAUCCAAAAGGACAUUGAACUGUACAGUGAUGAUGAUGAAACAAACUGUUUAACACAAGGGGAUAAACUUCGCGCUCUGAAAAGCAGAAGGCAAACUAAAGCUCAAACUCCAUCACAGCUAGAAGUAAUUCUGCAGUCCAGAGUUCAGAAAAAUAAAACCUCUGAACCUAGCAUUUCUGACAGUACAGACAUUACUAAAAGAACUACCAGGUCUGCUGCAAGAAAAAACUGUUUGGAAAGCAGCCAAUCCGUCACACAGAUGAAAACAGUAUUGCGUGGAAUUUCAAAUAAGCCACCAAUGUUGAAGAGGAUAUUCAGGAGUGAAGGGGAUAUGACUAGAGGGGACUUGCUGCAAUUCAAGGAAGAUCGCUUUGGCUCUAUUUUUCAGCAAAAAAUUAAAUAGAACAAUCUCUUCCUUACUUGUAGAAUAAAAUGAACUGUCAACAUGCUUGGUAGACCUUUUUCUACCAUGCUAACACUUUCUCAAACAAAACCAACAAAAUCUAUAUACAUUCAGACUCAGGUGUAAAUAUUUAAGCUCUCUAUUAUAAAGAGGGCUUGCUAGUAUGUAUGAUGCAUGUGUAUAAAUUGUGAUGGCAAUCACUUAGCUGCUGACCACCAGAAAUUAAAAGAUGGUGGGAGCUUUUAAGUAUAUAAAUCUGUGUUGUCUAUUCAGACUGGGCUGAAGUCUUGCACUUGAGUCUGAGAAUCAACCCCAAAAGCUUUUUUUUCUAAUAGCAUUGGUACUCUCCUGUGUCAAUUGGCUGUUCUUUCUUACUUUGUAUGAAGUUUUUUAUGAAGCUGCAGUAUUGAGUAUACAAAAUAACUAUUGUCCACCAAAGAGUGCUUUAUUGUCAAAGGUUGUGUGGUUUAUUUAGGAAAAAACUGAUUUUAAGUGAUAAACUUGUUUUUAAUAGUGACAGAUUUUUAGUUGUUCACAGCCAAUGGCUCUUUGAACUAGUUACAACUGCUUUAAAUCUGGUAUGACUUUAAAAGGGAGGAAAAACAGUUUACCAUUUAAAGCAGUGCUGUCAUAUUGAAAUAUCACUAUUGUUUAGUUUCCUAUCAAGUCCUUUAGGUGAAACUUUAGAUUACCUUAUAUAAAAGGUAAUAAUUCCCCCUAGAUUUAUUUGAUACACUCUGUUCCAUGUGGAUGUUGCUGGUUUUUAGCUUUCAGGCACUUAAUGAGUGCAGCACACAAGAAAAGGGAAAAUAAGGUUGCCACGCAACUGAGGUAGUGGAGCUCAGGAGCAGGUAAAAAUUUUGACAUCUAACUAACACUUUAAGAACUACAAUUCACCUAUGUUAAAAAUGGUGUAUUCGUAGGGCAAUCUACUUGAGAYUGAAACUUUUAUCCACUACAGGACUACAGUGUUUUUUUCCUACUACUUUUCRUAUUAUGAAAUUUCAUAACUGAUGUACCCUUGUCCACCAACAGAUGGUUAUAGCUGCAUAUCCCUCAGACGAGGACUGUUACCACAUAGCCUUAAAUAUCAUUCARUUAUCUGUUGAUUUAGUGACUCUUACAGUAGAAAGUAGAAGAAAUGGAGAAAUCUGAAAUGUUAGUAAUGGAAUAACUGAAGUCUUUAAAGAUGCAGAUCACCUCUGUUAGAGGGAGAAUUUUAUUUGAAUGUAAAUGUUCAGUGAUUAGUUUCAAUCUACAUACUUUUAAAUGAAAACUAAGCCUUCUGUUAGGCUGGUGAUUUUUGAGUGCCAGYAUGAAUAUAACACAGUGAUUUCAAAGCAUUUUCAGAGCAUCAUGAAUUAAGAGAGAAAACAGGAUGUGAAGUGUAAGUAAGCUUAUAGGUAAGAUCCAUGCACUUAGUCAAAAUCUGCAAAUAUGAAUGCAAAUUAAAAAGAGAAGGUUUAGAGCAAAAUAAAAUACUGUCAAAGGCUCAGACUGCAAUUUUUCUUGUUUGUUGCCUUUUUAAACUUCCCUUUCCUUCUAGGUGAAAAGCAUCUAAAAGAAAGGGACUGAUCUCAUCCUGAUAAGGCAAUUAAAAUUUAUUCGGGUUUGAAUGGGGUUGAUUUGUUUAUUUUUUGGGUGUUGAGGAGGGCUAGUUUUUGUUUUGGCGUUGUUUUAGUUUAGGGGGUUUUGUGUUUGGUUGGUUUGUUUAGGGUUUUUUUGGGAGAGGAUUGUGAUUGGGGUUUUUUUUUGGUUGGUUGGGGUCUUUUAGUAAGCCAUUUGUGCAAAAGCUGAAGUACAGAUAACCACAAUAAUAUGUCUGUUGUGCAAAUAUGAAUCUUGUUUAUUUUUGAACAAAAUUUUCAUCUUAGAAAGCUGAAGAAGGGAUUUAAGCARUUAAAGAUUUAGUAAUAUAUACUGUGCUUGGCUUUGCCCUUCUUUCAGCUGAGCUGCUUCUUUUAGCGGUUUCUUUUACCCUAAAAAUGAUUGAUCUCUUUCUUACCCCUUCCAAAUUCUAAAUUAGAAUUUGCCUCUUUUAAAGUAACCAGCAGAUUUAUUAGCACUUUUAGGUUAAUCAGAAGUAAAUUUGCGUAAUGCAAGUGCACAAACAAUAGCAACUCAAGCUAAACCAAAACUGCAUGUUUGGCAUCAAUGUGUUGCAGGAUACCCCGUCAUUACCCCAUAUUUUAGUGCAAAACACAUCCGUGUCAAAGGAAUUUUACAUCUGAACUUUGCAAAUAGCCUUAUAUGGAAAAAUAGCUCAUUACCUCAUUGUGUCCCAUUUAAUUGUACUGCUUAGUUUGUUAGGAAUUUUUAAUACUUUGUCUAACAUUUUUAAUGUACCAUACCAAAGUUGUCUUAGGUACAAGAAUGAAGAGUGGGCAUGGGUGAGGAAGUUCUUGAUUUCUGAAUUUUUUCUGAACUGCAAAAUAUUAUGUGCCAAAAUGAAAUGUAUUGUGGCAGCUGCAUCACCAUUGUACAACAGAGCGGCUGAAUGAAGUUAUUUCUGCUGUCAUCAGUUAGGAGAUCUUUCCUCUUUGAAAUAUGCGACAGCUGGAUUCUCCCUCAAUCUCUUAAUUCAAAAGAUACUACAUGCUCAAGCAUGUAGUAAUAUCUUGGGUCAAAUUGCUACUUUUCACUACAGUAUCAAAAUUUAACUUGGAUGUUAACCCAGACUUUGUCUUUUUGCCCCAGGAUGACAGCAGAGAAAGCACUGCUGAUUUAAAAUAGUAAGAGAUUGUAGAAAAAAAACAAAACAAAUGUUUUGUUCACCAGUGUGUUGCACUGCAGUUUUUAUAUUGUUUGCAGAUUGUCAUACAUAUAAACUCAUGUACAGGCCAUCAAGGUCUAAAAUUUUUUGACUAAUCAGUACUGUUCAUCCUGAUUAUUUUUAAACUUAUAUUUGUAAUCAUAUUUUUUUAACUUGGAUUGAUGGAAUGAAAGUUUAUUUUGCUGAAGGUAUUUUUAAGAUAAAGCUUCAUAUUAUCUUGUAAUGUUAAUUAGUUCAAUAUGCAUUUGUGUCUCAUUUGAAAAUACUGCAGAUUGCAUUUGAUUUUAUACAAAAUACUGAAUAGUGGGAAGUGUAAACAUGAAUUGUGUAAAAUUAAAAAUAAACAGAAGUUUGUUUUCUGUUUUAUUUCGGGUAUUCUAAAAAAAACUGAUCAAAGCCAUCAUAUCUGUACCAGACUGACUCAUGUGCACUGAAAAAAAUACAACACACUCAGCUGCCUGAAAACCUUUAAUUAAAGCACAGAUUCUUAAAACACAUAUUUUUAAAAUUUCAAAAAUAG